GUCCACGUUGUCGUAAACGCACCUAUACGUGACAAUGCACAUAAUAAACGCAAAUGAUCUCUGACAUGUGCCUGGCUCAGGACUUCAACGACAACAUGGUGAACUUUGGGACUUCAACGAAUGUGCUUCCCCAAAAUGCAGAAGUGUUGCUGGAAGGACACCCGUUCUGUUGGAUCUUCAAGGAGGUGCCAAUGAUCAGCCGUUCAUCAGGAGCGGCAGGAACCCAGAAAGAUACCUCAACAAAGAACGACAGCAGCCUCCCUCAGAGUCAACAGGAUCACAAAUCAACUGAAGAAUUAUGGACAGAGGAUGUGAGUCCCGUGGGUGGCAGCAGGCUGUUGUCCACUGAGGAGCAGGUCACUCUGAUCACUGAGAGUAUGACUGUCACCUCCACCGACCAGGAGAAACUGCUGCUGCUCAACAAGAACACUGAGCUCCGCAGAGUCAACAAAGAGCUGAUGAAGCUGAAUGAGGACUGGGACCAGGUGUACCGCAGUGCCACGCUGGGUCUCCAGCACAGAGUGGAGGCGUUGGAGCUGGAGAACGCUGCCAUCAAACAGCUCAACAGCAGACUGUUGCUCAAAGUCGAGCACCAGCAGAGUGCAAAGGAGUACUAUGAGAAGGCGUUGAUGCAGGAGCUGAAGAAGAACCAGGAGCUGUAUGAAUACAUCAGGUUGAUGGAAAGCAGGAUGCACCACCCAGACAGAGACUGCACACCUGCCAAACAGGGCAGCUUCAGUGCUGUGACUGGCCCCACCACUAAUCCUCCAGUAGAUCCCAACCUGUCACCCAGUCACGCCUCUGGAUACAACCACUCAUCCUCCCUUUUCACAGCUUCUUCCAGCCCAGAGGCAGGGCGGCAGGGAAAAAGCCAAAGUAGAAGUACCCCACUGGGAGCACUGCCAGACUCCCAUCAAGAAGUGCAGGAUCUAAAAAAGCAGCUUGAGGCACUGCAAUGUCAGCAGACCCAGAUAUAUGAAGCAGAGUAUCAGACAGAGCAUGACGACCACAAACACACACUCCAGGAGAACCGGAGGCUGAGGAAGAAGAGGGAGGACACGCGCCAACAGGUGGCACUACUACAAGAGCAGCUCAAGGUUUAUGAGGAUGACUUCCGCCGGGAGCGGUCGGACAAACAGAUGUUGCAGCGGCUGUUGCUGAAGAAAACGGCUCCAAACAAGGACCCUGUGCUAAUCCACCGCUGCAAUAAUGAGCAGCAGCCACCAGGAGGAGACAAGAGGACACAGAGUGGAGAGAAAAGAAAACAGCACCACCCACUCUGCCCCAAGCACCCGAACAGGGACAAAGAGUCAGACUGAGGGUCGGAAACUAUAUAUCAUUUUUUUGUCGUCCUUCAUACUCACUGACAGCACUUAUAUCGGAUUAAUAAGAACUCCAUAAUGUUUAUGGAAAAAGACCAACAUCAGGAAAUCUGAGAUCAAAUUAAUUGUUUGUCCGUUUAGGGUUCUGCUUUCUACCCUUUAUAAUAAAUACAUUGUUUAAAUGUGCAAUCCUUACCAUAACAGAAAAAGUUGCCAAUUUCGGUACCUAUAUAUCAUUAAUAUAUCUAAUAUACGUCCUUUGAUAUAUCUCUUUUCUUAUCUUUUUCUUCAUUGGUAAUAUUUUGUUUACUCUGACUUUGAUUUCUAUCAAAGACACAUAACAAAUAUGUAAAUAUAUAAAAAAUAAUACAAAUAAAUGAUAAUAACCGCUAAUGCUGGGUGAUUGUUACCUGCUUCAACGUCUCUGCGUCAGAAAGGGUUAUCUGGCUUAUUUCUAAUAACAGUUUAAUCAUAUCUUCCUUAUGUGGUGCUUUACUUUAAUGUAUGUACAAUAAUUUCCUCUCAAAUGACUUGGCUCACUAAAACAGCCACAUCCACAUUAAAAGUCAAUGACAUCAGAAUGUCAGACAAGGAAGCUUGUUUUGGGUGAGUUUCCCCCAGAGCAGCUGUUAAGGAGCAGACGGUUGCCUCUGGAGUGUUUUGCAGAGUUGAUGUUUGCUUUGACACUGAAGGAAGCUGUACGGUUUACUGCUGCUGUUUCCUGUUCACUGGUUCCUAUCUGAACUGAAACUAUUGACACACAACAGAGAUGGCCACCAGGCAAUCAGGGGGUUCCCGUCUGUAAAUCAGUCACCCAGCCUCCUGUUUGUUAAACACAACACAACACAACAUAAAGUGCAUUUUAUGAAGCAGUCUUAUGAAUGACAGCAUGCAUCAGCAGCUAGGAGACUAAAUAAACCCAUGAGGACACCAAGAGGUUGCAUCAUAUGUUUCUGGUCACUGUGGCAGAAGUUAAAUUGUGGAUUCUGCUGUUUAUUGACCACACACUGACAAUGAUCUACGGCCUCAAACAUGGUUAUUACACAGUUUCAGAGAAGGAAGUUGACAACUUGUUUGUGCGUUGCUAAGUAUCUUCCUCCUUCCCUGUUUAUUAAUCAAAAUGUCAACGGAAAAUAAAUAAGUUAGGUACUAUAUAAAAAGUAUUAGGUGGUUAAUGGGGGUUAGAUAGGAGUUUGUAUUAUUAUACGUUUUUUAAACAUUUAUUAAACAUAUACUUUCAUUUUGUAUUUUCUGCAAAUACCAUACCAGGAUCUUUUAUCUUUUAUAGCAGUUCUUCAUUGCUAUCAGCUUUUUUAGGAAUGUUGUAUACAGU